AUGGAUUUUAGUUCAAAUAACUUAUCAGGUUUAGUCCCAUCAUUCUCAUCAAACUUGGAAACAUUGAACCUUUCGAAAAACAAGUUUGUUGGAUCAAUAUCUUUCUUGUGCAAAAUAGCCAACUCUUUGUUCCGUACCAUUGACCUCUCGCAUAACAUGCUUUCAGGAGAACUUCCCACUAAUUGUUUCAUGAAUUUCGAAGAACUAGCCGUUCUUAAUUUAGCUAACAACAAGCUAUACGGUAAAAUUCCUAGCUCUAUUGGAUAUUUGAUGGAUAUUCAAUCUCUACAGUUGCGUAACAACAACUUUACUGGUCAUCUUCCAACCUCUUUGAAAAACUGUUUUAUGUUGACAAUCCUGGAUGUUGGUGGAAAUAAUUUAAUUGGAGAAAUUCCAUCAUGGAUUGGCUCAGAUUUAACAUUUUUGAUUGUCUUGAGUUUGAGAGCCAAUAAAUUCGAUGGAAAUAUACCUUCGAAUUUGUGUCAUCUGAAUAAAAUCCAUAUUUUGGAUCUUUCUCAUAACAUCUUAUCGGGAGAAAUCCCGCAUUGUCUCAACAAUAUCACAUCAUUGCUUCAGAGUAAUAGUUCAACCUCAAGCAUUCUUUUUGAUUUGGGUGAACAAAACGGAGAUGGUUUUUAUUCUUUCGUUGAAGAAUACAUGGGAGAUGCAUUAGUUCAAUGGAAAAAUAGUGAAUUUGUGUACAAUAAAACACUCGGAUUGUUGAAGAUCAUCGAUUUUUCAAGUAACAAAUUAGUUGGAAGAGUUCCUGAUGAAAUCACACAAUUAGAUGGACUACUUUCACUAAACCUUUCACGAAACAACUUAACAGGACACAUCGUACAAGGAAUUGGGAUGAUGGAAAUGUUAGAGUCUCUUGAUCUGUCUCGAAAUCAGUUAACAGGACGAAUUCCAACAAGUCUUGCUCGAUUAAAUUUCCUAAGUGUUUUAGACUUAUCGAGUAACAAUUUGUCAGGGGAAAUUCCUUCGAGCACUCAAUUGCAAAGUUUUAAUCCUUCCUCAUAUUCAGGAAACAAUGAACUUUGUGGUCCACCACUCGAAAAGUGCCCUGUUCAUGAUGAUCAUACAAGCAGAACCAACAAUGUUGAUGAAGACGAUGAUAUGUUAUUGUCGUUUGGGUUUUAUGUAUCUGUGUGUAGUGGAUUCAUUGUUGGAUUUUGGGGAGUGAUAUUUACUUUAGUCUUCAAUAAAUCAUGUAGAGAUGCUUGCUUUCAUCUGUUCAUCAACGUCGCGAAUUGGAUCUUUGUCACAACAAUUAUGUGUCUACGCAGAUUGAAGAUGCUCUGGAGCUAG